AUGGUUGCUCCACUGAACCUCGAAGAAGGACAAUCUUCAACACGACCUCCCCAUUUCAAUGGUCAGUUUUACAGUUGGUGGAAAACAAGGUUGCACGACUAUCUUAUGGAUGAGGAUAGCGAGUUAUGGGACAUAGUGCUGGAUGGACCUAUAAUACCAAUCGUGGAAGUGAAAGAUGGUGAAAUCACAAAAGUUAUUCCAAAGACUCGCCAACAGUACAACGAGGUGGACAGAAAGAAGAUCGAGAAAAGCUACAGAGCUAAGAAGUUGUUAGCAAAGGAAAUUUGGGAUAGUCUAAGAACAGCUCACAAAGGGACAGAGCAGGUGAAGGAGUCAAAGGUGGAUAUGCUGACCACCCAAUACGAGAACUUCACAAUGAAAGAGGGUGAAAGCAUUCAUGACAUGAAUACAAGGUUUUCAUCCAUAACUAAUGAGCUACGAAGCUUGGGAGAACCCAUUAGCUCUAGUAAGCAGGUCAGGAAGAUUCUUCGAAUUCUUUCCAAGUCAUGGGCAAGUAAAGUAGAUGCCAUAACUGAAGCAAAGGACUUGAAGGUUCUGACAAUGGAUGCUCUCAUUGGAAAUCUCAAAACUCAUGAAAUGAACAGAAAUCAGGACACCUCAAAGAAGGAAGCUAAGAAAGACAAGUCCCUAGUUCUCAAAAUCAAUUCUGGAGAUGACUCUAGUGAAGAGGAUGACAUGGCUUAUCUCACUAAGAGAUUUCAGAAAAUUGUGAGAAAACAUGGAGGAUUCAAGAGAAGAGGGAAUCUCCCUCGUGUUGCAACUACUAAUGAUCUCUAUCACAAGUGCGGAAAGGCGGGGCACUUCAUAAGAGAUUGCCCGAUACUCAAAGCUGAAAACAAAGAGUAUCAAAGACCUGGAGGUGAAAAAGACAAGAUAAGGGACCUGGUACCUAAGGAAAAUGCAAGAAAAGCUACAACUGACUACGUUGUGAAGAAGGCUCUUGUUGUCUGGGAAGAUUUUUCAAGUGAGUCAGAAGAAUCAGAAUGUCCUGAUGAUGCAUCUAUGCUGGUUGUUCAAGAUGAUACCAACAUAUUUGAUGGCAUGUUUGCUCUCAUGGCGAAAUCAGAUGACGAAGACGAUGAAGAAAAGCUGAGAAACCUAGCUGGUGUUUUGAUUGACUUUGUCAUAGAGUUAACCACUGAAAAAGACUUUAUGAACAACAGGCUUGAUAGUCUGAGUGAAGUAAGAAUAGUGUUAACUGUGCACAUGUCAGUUAUUAUGGAACAAGUAAUGGUUUUAGAAACUGAAAACCUAGAACUCAAGGAACAAUUGAGUCUAAUGAUUGAGAAAUCUGGAAAAGGAAAGGGGGAGGCUACUAGCUUGCAAGCAGAGCUAGAAGCCAGGGGUGAAGGAAGUAGCAAUCAGUGUUGGUUCAUGGACAGUGGAUACUCGAAGCACAUGACUGGGAGCACCAAAAACUUCCUUUCACUCAAGGCACUUCAAGGUGGAGGUGUCUCAUUUGGCGAUGGAAAGAAGGGGUACAUCCUUGGAGUUGGCAGGGAUGGAAAAUCUCUUGAAGACUCUAUUGAAAAUGUUUACUAUGUGAGUGGGUUAAAAUACAGUCUUCUCAGCGUCUCCAAAUUAGUGACAAGGGAAACGAAGUCAAGUUUUCUUCAGACAAAUGCAUUGUCACCAGCUUGA